CUGGGAAAAAAUUAGCCAAUCAGAAAUGUCCCCAUUCAGGUUUUCUUUUUCCUGUGACGUCACCAAGCAGGAUAACGCCCACCUCCAGUCAAAACUCUACUGACAUUUUGCAUAUCUGCGCUGUUUUCGUCCAUAAGAGGGAGUCAAGUUUUUUAAAAAGCACUGGUUGGGCCCAGUUGCUCCACAGACGCGCCGAGCCGCCACGGAGAAGAGACUUCUUUAUUUUCUCUCCUUUAUUAGUGGCAAAGUGGCAAAGUUUCCACUUUGGCGAGGUGGCAACCAAUUCCCACUCCAUUAAAAAGGUCUUUUUUUUUCCAAACACAGCCUGGAUUAACUCAAGCGGCUUUUUAAAUUAACUUUUUCGUGUGUUUUUUUUGUAAUUGUUUCGCUAUGUUGUGGAAACUAGCCGACAACGUCAAGUAUGAGGAUGACUGCGAGGAGAGACACGACGGCAGCAGCAAUGGCAACCCGCGGUUGCCUCACCUGCCAGCUGUCAGCCAACACCUCUACAGCCCGUCUCCCUCCCUCUCACACUCGGCGAGCUCGGACUUCCAACCGCCGUACUUUCCUCCCCCAUACCAGCCCAUCUCCUACCCGCAGUCCGGUGACCCUUACUCCCACCUGGCCGACCCGUUCAGCAUCAACUCCAUCCACCAGUCCUCGCCGGUGUCCAACCAGCAGCAGCAGCCGCCGUGGCCCGGUCGCCAAAGCCAGGAGGGCCUGGCGGCGCACGGCAGGAGCGGCCUGGCAAGCCAGAUCCUCGGCCUGGAGGGAGGCGGUUCCUCCGGGGUGAGAAGGGAAGCCUUCCGCCGGCCGGAGCUUCUUGCACCGCAUGCACACGGCAUUGAGUCGUCGGUGAUCGGGGAGAACAUGGGCAUGCAUGACAUGGGCCAUGGGAUGGAGGACGUGCAGCACGUAGAUGACCACAGUAUUAUCAUGGCAGAUCAGACCGUUAUCAAAAAAGUAUUAGGACUGCGAGGGGGCAGGAGCCUUGAUCGCGUACAGAGGACUUGUUAUCAGGGGGGCAUCCUUGCGGGGCCUGUGACUCUUCCCAAAGGCAACGCACUGGGCCUCCCCUUCCAGAAGGAGUCCUUGCUGGGAAUGGUUUCAAACCCCACCGAGGUGUUCUGCUCUGUCCCGGGUCGCCUCUCGCUGCUGAGCUCCACCUCCAAGUACAAAGUAACGGUUGCCGAGGUCCAGAGGCGACUUUCGCCACCGGAGUGCCUGAACGCAUCACUGCUGGGCGGAGUUUUACGCAGAGCUAAAUCGAAAAAUGGCGGACGCUCGCUAAGAGAAAAACUGGACAAAAUCGGGCUCAACUUGCCUGCUGGAAGACGGAAGGCGGCCAACGUCACUCUACUUACCUCACUGGUGGAAGGUGAAGCGGUUCACUUAGCCAGAGACUUCGGUUACGUCUGCGAGACGGAGUUUCCUGCCAAGGCGAUUGCAGAGUACCUGGGCAGGCCUCACGUGGAACGCAAUGAGGUUAAUUCGCGCAAGAACAUGCUCCUCGCUGCCAAGCAAAUUUGCAAGGAGUUCACCGACCUGCUGACCCAGGACCGCUCACCGCUGGGCAACUCGCGACCGGCGCCCAUCCUGGAGCCGGGUAUCCAGGGAUGCUUGACUCACUUCAGCCUCAUCAGCCACGGAUUCGGUUCACCGGCCAUCUGCGCCGCAAUGACGUCGCUGCAGAACUACCUGAACGAGGCCCUCAAACAGGUGGAUAAGAUGUACCUGAGCGCUGGCGGCGACACGGCGGGAGAUGGCGGGAGCAAAGCGGCCGAUAAACUGGACAAGCACCGGAAAUGAGACGCUCUCCUGGGAGAAUCCAUUUUUGAACUCGGAGAAGCAUCCUUCAUGUUGCCGUAUGCUUUUUUUUUUUUUUUUUUUUGACUUUUCUACAAUGGAGAGCUGUCUGUUAACAUGACAAACAACUUUGGGAGACGUUGGUGGAGGACAAGAGCAGGUGUGCUUUUUUUUUCUUUUAUUUCCCCUCAAGAGGACAUCAUUUCAAGAUGCUGUGAUCUCCCCAUCCUCCUCCUACUCCUCCUACUCAGUGCUGUCUGGAGGCAAAUCCUCUGAUUUCCUGUGUCUCAACACAAGGACCACAUUUUAUGAAAAAGAGACGCAAUUCUUUCUGGUUUAAAAAAAGUCGAAAAAAAAAUCUGAUUAUUGUUUGUGGUGCACCACGUCACUCACGUCAGGAUGGAUCCAGUGUUAUUGUACUUUACUGACCUUCAGUCUGAUGAGGUCCAAGAGAAACCUUGUCAGUGUUCACACAGAGGAUGCUGCCAUGUCUUUAAAACUAACGAUGGACAUAAGAAUCCAUUCAUUCACUGAUUCUUACACUGUGAUACCAGUACCAUCGGUAGUACGUGGAAUUAUUAAAAUUUGAACGAUACACUACAAAAAUGAUGUUUAACAUAUAUUUUAAAUCUCUGAGUAACUACACGUGCACAGGAAAUAGUUAUCAUGUUGAACAUUAACCCUUGUCUCUUCGAUUGCCAUUGUUCACUCACAAUACAAUCCAGGUUUAAGCCCUAAAAAGAUGACUCACAUAUUUAUUAAACACAUUUAAAGCACAAAAAGUAUAGCUACUCAUUAAUAAUGGAUAAUAAUGUCAUGUAAUCUAUGAGUGGAGUCAUGGUAUAAUUCCAUGGUAUAAUUCCAGUAACAGUUUCUGAUAUUACCAAGUCCUUCCAAAGCCAAACAAAUGUAUGUGUAUAAGCACACAGCUAUGGUGCGUUGAAGGACCUCUGGACAAACUGCGACAUCUCAACUCUUGGCGAAAAAGCAUUAUCAGUGAAUCCACAAUGUGGACAUUAAUCCACACUGCUCACCUGUUGUAAUUCCAGUAACAGUUUCUAAUAGUUACCAAGUUCUUGUGUGUCUAAGCAUACAGCUAUGGUGCGUUGAAGGACCUCUGGGCAAAUUGCGACAUCUCAACUCUUGGCGAAAAAGCAUUAUCAGUGAAUCUUAAAGACGUAAACAUUGAAAAAAACAAAAAUUGUCGACUUUAUUGGUACAUGCAUGUUGUGCAUUUUACUAGUAUUAUCACAUAUCUAUACAAUAUUACCAACUGAGGGCGUAUGAGGUGUGUACUACGAAAAACAAUUACACACAUUGUGUGGAAAUUCAUAUUGUUGAUUACCUGCGCUUCCAUACAAUUGAAAUUGGAGUCGCUGAUUUAAAUGCAAUUUUAAAAAAUAUAUUUGAGGUAUUAAGAAGUUUGAGAACCAUUGAAUGAAUGUAUUCAUUAAUUAUAAAUGAGUCAAGUUAUUCAUUUGUUUACCACGUUAUAUCCUCUUAGUAUUUAAAAAAAAAUGACAACCUAAUGAUGAGUUUACUUUGUGUGUUGUGAGAAUGAGUGGACAUAUACUGUACAUAUUUCUUUCUGAUUAGACAUUAAAUCCCAAUAUAGAAUUUUAUCCACACUCCUGUCCCAGAUGUAAAUAUUUUCUAAUUUAUGUUGUAAUUUAAUUGGCUUUUUUUGUUGUUGUUAUUGUAAAUAUUUUUAUUUUGUUUUCGUUGGUGUGUGGUUUUUAUGAUGACGUGUUUUAUAAUAAACGGGUUAGUUUUCUAUUGAGUAGAAGAUUAGGAAGUUGGGCGUGCUGAUCAUGAUGAUGUAAAAGAUAAAAAAAAAAAAUCAGGAAAAACUAGACGUGAUGUUUUAUAGCGAGACACGGUAUUGUCUCGCUAUUUCACUGAUUGGUCAUGUGUAUGACCAUUUUCCUUUUAAUAAAACAGCAAAGUGAGGAGAAGAAAGGCUUCAUUAUUUGCUGUUGUGUAGUUUUUGGCCUCUGUGAAGCCAGGCAGCAUCAUGUGAUGGACUCACAACGUUCGAGCUGUUCUAAUUUUAAAAGGAUACAAACCAAUUGGCUCCAGGCAUCAUGGAAACUUUUUUUUAACUGUUCAGGUGAUAUUUUAAGUCACAUUGUGAACUGUCAACAACAAAAAGUUAAAUAAAGCUGCGAUAAAUUAGAAAAACACAGGCAAUAAGGAAAAUGGAAUCUUUAAAUUCACCUCUACACUACAUUAACAGGUGUCAACUUUUAAUUUGUUUUGUUUAAUAAAGUUUU